CAAAACCAUGGGCAGAGUGGAUUCUUUCCAAACAAAAACCUACGUGCCUUAACAAAACCGGCUGCUAAGCUCUCUGUAUAUACUUUCUACCUACCCCUUCUUCUAUCUCUAUCACUUGUUCUGACCUUUCAAAUCUUCUACAACAAGCUAUAAUCUUCCUCUUCCUGUUUCUGCUGCUUUUCUUGGGUACGUUUUGUUUUCAUAUCUGCUUCUUGUUUCUAAGAAUUUCGUUGUUUUAUGAUUAGAAUUGGAAAGAUUAAAGCUGGUAAAAAAGCAUUGUUUUUUUUGUAGAAUUAGUUGUGUUUUAGUUUGAUGGAACCAAAUGGUUUAAAUGUUGGGUUGUUUUCUGGUAUUGCUUCAGGAAUGCUGGGGCUAGAAAUGCCAUUACACCCUCAACAAAACUCUCAAAAGCCGCAAAUUCAGAACCCACAAAACCCUCAAAAGCCUCAAAUUCAAAACCCACAAAACCCUCACAAUUUACACAAUCAAUCUCCAAUGCUUGUUGGUUAUUCUCAUUCUCAACAUCAUGACACUGAUCACCACCACCACCACUCACAAUCACAAUCCCAAUCCCACCAAUCUGCGAAACAACAUGGCUAUUUGUUUACGCCAAAGCCAAAACAGCAACUUUCACCUUUCAGUGAUGAUGAUGAACUUGGAUUUGCCCCGGAUGACGGUGCUGGAGAUGGCAAGAGAAAGGCAUCUCCUUGGCAGAGAAUGAAGUGGACUGAUGGCAUGGUUAGGCUUCUUAUAAUGGCUGUUUAUUAUAUUGGUGAUGAAGCUGGAUCCGAAGGGAAUGAUAAGAAAAAGACUGGAGCUUUACUGCAGAAGAAAGGGAAAUGGAAAUCAGUGUCGAUGGCUAUGAUGGAGAAGGGGUUUUAUGUGUCUCCUCAACAAUGUGAGGAUAAAUUUAAUGACUUGAAUAAGAGGUACAAAAGGGUUAAUGAAAUUCUUGGUAAGGGAACUGCUUGCCGUGUUGUGGAGAAUCAGAGUUUGCUGGAUAAUAUGGAUUUGUCGCCGAAAAUGAAGGAGGAGGUUAAGAAGUUGCUUAAUUCUAAGCAUUUGUUUUUCAGGGAAAUGUGUGCUUAUCAUAAUAGUUGUAAUCAUGGUAGUGGUACUAGUGGAGCUACUGGUACCAAUCAGUCACCAGAGCUAAGCACGGACAUGUCUCAGGUUCAGCAUCAACAGUCACAACAGCAACGAUGCUUGCAUUCAUCAGAAAAUGCCCAUAGUGGGGCUUCUGCAAGUAGAAUGGAAAUAGAAGGGCCAAAAAUGGUGAACGUGGGAAGUGAAGAAGAGGAUGAGGAUGAGGAUGACAGUGAUGAUGAGGAUGACAAUGAUGAGGAUGAUGAGGCAGUAGAAGGGACUUCAAGGGGCCCAAAUGGGCAUGGGCAAGAAGACGACGAUGAGAACGAUGAUAAACCAUCUGAAAAUAGGGGUAGAAAAGGUGUUUUUUCUGCCCAAUUGACACCGUUGAUGCAGCAGUUGAAUGGUGAAUUGAUGAGUGUGAUUCAAGAUGGAGCCAAGAGUGCAUGGGAGAAGAAGCAGUGGAUGAAGAUGAGGUUACUACAACUGGAGGAGCAGCAAGUUAAUUAUGAAUACCAUGCUCUGCAGCUUGAGAAGCAAAGGUUAAAGUGGGUGAAGUUUAGCUCCAAGAAGGAGAGGGAAAUGGAGAGAGCAAAGAUUGAAAACGAGCGAAGGCGGCUUGAGAAUGAAAGAAUGGUGCUCCUUCUUAGGCAGAAGGAGCUUGAGUUGCUGGAUCACCAUCAUUCUCAUCAACAACAACAGCACUCAUCAAACAAGAGGAGUGACCCAUCUUCCAUUACUGGAUAAAUUUGUACAAUAUAUAUAGAUCACAUUACAUAGGCUUGUUCUCUCAAAUCAUGUUUAUUAGAUUUUGCAUUUCUAUGUGAAUCAAUUAUGUUCCCUUUCUAAUAA